AUGGGUCGAAGCAAGGCUUUGGUUUUGUUUCUUUUCCUUUUUGGCAGUUUUUCCGCGGCGUCUCAGACCUGUCCGCUCGGCUGUCGUACUGACGUCCGCCUGUCGUUCAGUUCGAGUCAGCAUUGUCACUGUCCUGCUGGGCAUGCGACCGGGUCUCCGUGCAGUUGGGCAGGGCACGGCGGAACGUACCACUCCCCGGCCUGCCUGGACACCCUCCCCGCCGGCUUCGGCAGCGGCACCCGCUUAAUCUCCAUCAAGUACCUCCGUGCUCCGACGCUUCUGGAAUGCUCCUUCCCGGACGCUUCUGGUGUCUUCUCGCUCAACAUUCAGCGGUCGAACGUUUCGGUGAUACAACCGGGGGCUUUUCGGGGUCUAGCGCGGGCACAGACCCUCUCUCUGGCCGACAAUCGCAUCUCUGAGCUUGAAUGCGACGCUUUCAUUGGGCUUGAACAACUGAAAACCCUGCAACUUCAACAAAACGCAAUUUCGUACCUAUCCCAGUGUGCAUUCCGCGGUCUACCUCUUCUCAGAGACCUGACUCUGAACCACAACAGCCUCAAAUCCGUACCCGUCGAUUCGCUUCUGAUGCCAACAGCACUAACCAGCGUGAAUCUAAACGCGAACCCAAUCACUACCAUCGAUAGGCAAAUCAUGCGACUGAACCAGAACCCGCGCCUCCGCCUUACAAUACUGACAAUCAAGCUGAACUGCGACAGAAAUCUCACGUGGUUCAUCUGCAAUCUAGCGCUCCUGGAUCUGGUUCGCUAUCACAGCUCUCUGCAGUGUGUUUCACCUGAUAACCUCAGCGGAACCUUCGUCACCACACUGAAGAAUGGCGCCAUGUGUUCUAAAGAAUGGGAGAACAUUUCCAACGGGACAGAUACGGCAAGCACGAGCUCAGAGAGCCCUCAACUUGUCCCCAACACUCUGCCGUGCAGGCAGACAGUUACCGCUAAGACCUCCACAGAAACGAUCCACACGAGUAAAGCGUACAACCAUACUGUCCACACCCAAGACUACACAAAUGAGUCACACACAAACAGCACACCGGUGUCCAAUCAGACAACAGAGACGGACUACGUCAUUCUUUUCAAACGAGAUCCAAUCAUCACACUGGAUGACAAGAGGACCAGACUUGUUACCAUGCUCUGUGCAGUUCUUGUGCCCCUUCUCUUUGUGAUAGCAUCAGUGAUUGUUCUCUUCUUCUGCAAACACUGCCAUCAGAACUACAUACCCGCCGAAGCAGCCACGGAAGACCCUGGAUCUCCUGAAAUUGUGACGCCAUACGCAGUAGCCUAUUUUGAAACGAUAGAGCCAUAUGCUGUGGCCUUCGCAGAGGAUGAUUCUCGUCAACAAACAUCUGAAGUCAAUUCCAGCAAUCAACCAGAAGUAGGACUAGAAGAUGCUGGGCUUCAGACGCAUGCUGUCAUACAUCAAGUAGCUGACCAAGAGCCAAAGAUUCUACCCAAAGCUUCAAUACACCACGAAACAUCAGUGCCAAAGCCUCAUCAAUCCAAAGAAAUGACCGAUGAACCAUGUCCAGAAUUACAUUCACAAGCCAUGACCCUCCACGACAGCUCCGGACCAGAGCUUCAGGCACGUGCAGUGACCAAUAGUGAAGACCAAGAGCAGGAACUACACUCUCGUGCGGUAGACAACGAUGACGACCCAGGGCCAGAGCUUCAGCCAUACGCCGUGACAUACGAUACAAGACAAGGUGAAAACGGCAUGGGCCAGCCAUAUGCAAUAGCCUACCUUCCCUCUCCUCAGAAUGCCCGACGUCUCAGCCCUCUCAGACAAAUAGCAAGCAACCAGUCACCCAAUCAGAAUGCCUGUCUCAGCCCUCUCAGACAAAUUGCAAGCAACCAGUCUCCCAAUCAGAAUGCCUGUCUCUGCCCUCUCAGACAAAUUGCAAGCAACCAGCUGUCACCCAAUCAGAAUGUCCGUUUCUGA